AUGAUCUCUCGCCGAUUUUUCUCCACUUCUAUUUCUCAACUUCACAAAAAGACUAUCUAUUUUUCUGGAAUUCAACCGACUGGAAUUCCACAUCUUGGCAAUUAUUUUGGGGUUAUUGAUCCGUGGAUUGAGUUGCAGAAACUCAAGGAAGAAUCUACUGGAAUGAUUUUGUCGAUUGUUGAUCAACACGCUAUUUCACUGGGACCUCUAAAACCGGAAAAUGUGAGUGUUUUGGGUAGGGCUGCACGCGGGGCACCCCGCGAUGAAACACCGUGCAAAAAAUCAUUCGCCCCCUCGCCCCUUCGCCCCUCGCCCCUUUGCCCCUCGCCCCGUUGCCCCCUCGCCCCGUCGCCCCUUCGCCCCGUCGCCCCCUCGCCCCCGCUUGUAACUGUGUGUGGUGAAGAAAUAAAAGAAGAUAGAAGCGCGCACACAGUUACAAGCGGGGGCGAGGGGGCGACGGGGCGAAGGGGCGACGGGGCGAGGGGGCAACAGGGCGAGGGGGCGACGGGGCGAAGGGGCGAAGGGGCGAGGGGGCAAAAGCGUGGCGGGGCGAGGGGGCCGCCCCCACGCCCCAUCGUGCAGCCCUAGUUUUGGGCUUAUUUGGGAUCAAGAUUGGAUUUAGGCUUAUCAAAUAUGAUAGAGAAAAAUCUUGGAGAAAUUGAAUUUUCCUGAAUCAAAAUUCAUUUUCACGAAAUACAUUAUACGUUCUCUUAAAACUUUAUUAUACUAUUAUGAAUUGUCAACAUCUCAAUAAAUCUAGAAAAACUCAUAUGAAAAUUUAGAAACAGUGGAUUUUUUGCUUGAAAAAUGCUCACUGUUUCAAAAAUUGUAGAAUUUUGAGGAGGGUUUUUGAUUUUUGAUGAAGCAGCUAUUAUUAAGGGAAUUAUCUCAUGCAUUUUUUUUGAGUUCCCGAAUCUGAAAAAUUCUUGGAAAUAUUGAUUUUUUCCUGAUUUGAAUCUUUUGAUGCUUCGUAGAAAUUCAAAAACGUCAUAACAAUUGGUCAUCGUUUUGAUAGAAUCUAGAAAAAAUUGUAAAAAAAAUUCUGAAACAGUGGAUUUUUUUCUCGAAAAAAAUAGUUUUUUGUUUGAAAAAAUCUCACUGUUUCAAAAUUAAUCGAAUUUUGAAAAUGAUUUUUGAUAUUCGAUUCUGUGUUUGUAGCACAUAAAUUUUCAUACACAUUUUUUGAGUUCUUUAAAUUUGAAAUGUUUUUGAAGAAAUUGAUUUUACCUUAUGCAAGUUCGGAAAAAAUACCAUAAAUUCAAAACCUUCACAAAGCUUUAUGAUUGUUUGAAUAUAAUCUAUCAAAAAUAUAUAAAAAUUCAGAAACAGUAGAUUUUUUCGAAAAAAAAAGUUUUUUGCUUGAAAAAUUCUCACUGUUUCAAAAAUUUUAGAAUUUUGAAGAGGGUUUUUUGAUUUUGGUAAACAACAAAAAUUGAAUUUUCUAUUCAUUCAUUGAAUUUUUCUUGAAAUUUUGAAGUUGGCUUGAUUUUUCAUGUAUUUUAUAUGUAUAUCAUUAGAAUAAAUCUAGAGAAAAAUCAAAUUAAAAUUUAGAAACAGUGGAUUUUUUCGAAGAAAAAAGAGUAGUUUUUGCUUGAAAAAAUUCCACUGUUUCAAAAAUUGUAGAAUUUUCGAGAUGGUUUUUGAUUUUUGAUUAAUGAAUUUUUGAAGUUCCAGAAUCUUUUUUCAAAAAAAAAAAUGUUUUUUGGUCAGAAAAAUUUACUUUUUUUUUAACUCUCCAUGGAACUCUUAUGCUCAUUUGAAAUUUGGAGCCCUUUGGGGGCCUAAAAAAUUUGGUUUUUCUCAUAUUUUUUCUAAAAAAUCUCAAUUCGCCCCCCAAAAUCCUCCAAUUUUCCAGCUUCGCUCAAACACCCGUCAAAUGGCGUGCAGUCUCAUCGCAUGCGGUGUCGACCCCCAAAAAACCCUCCUCUUUCGCCAAUCCGAUGUUCCCGAAAUCGCCCAACUCUCAUGGAUUCUUGGAUCACUUCAAACUACUUCAAAACUUGCCAGAUUGCCACAAUAUAAGGAGAAAUCGGAGAAGUUUGUUGGGGAUUUCAGCCAAAAUUCCAAAAAUUUAUGUUUUCAGGUUCAAAAAGGGUGAUAUUCCGGUUGGACUUUUGACAUAUCCAUUGUUACAAGCUGCUGAUGUUUUGAUGUUUAGAGUGAGUUUUUUUGGGGAGCGGAAAGGUUCCGCGAACGCGGAAGAUUGAGAUUUGUACCUACACCGCAAGCUUCCGCGUUCCUUUCGCGCGGAAGCUUGCGGAAAUAAAAAAAGAAAAGGAAAAUUCACUGUUUCAAAAAAUUUAAAAAAAUUAAGCUGAAAAUUCAAAUUAUUGCUAGAAAACUGUUUGAAUUUUCAGAGAUAAUUAAAGUUUUGGAAUUUUUUUUAAAGCUCAAAAUUUUUUCCUUCGAGAAUUUUGAUUCAACAAAAAUUCACUGUUUCAAAAAAUUGAUUUUUUGAAAUUUCUAGUUUUCAGGAUUAAUACGUUUUUUAUUUCUUUUACAAACGGAAAAUCCACGUGGCAAAAAAUCAGGAGAGAAUAAAGGGACCAUCAAAAUCAUGAGAAAGCUUCUGAAUAUUUUCUGCCACGUGGAUUUUUUUCGGAGACAAAAUUUUGAGUUUGAAAAAAAAAUGAUAAAAUUCACUGUUUCAAAAAAUUUUGUUAUUUUUGAGGUUUUGGAAAAUUUUUGAUUAAAAACAAAUAAUUCAAAGAAUUCUGAAAAUUAACUGAAAAAUCAACCAAGAUUCAUGCAAAAAUGAUUUUUUAUAUCAAGGCUGCUCCAAAUUUCGAUUUCCAGGCCAUUUUCGGGUUUUCUAGGCCAUCUUUUGGGUUCCCAGGCCAUUUUACAGAUUUCUAAGUCAUUUUUUGGUUUCUAGGUCAUUUUAGAGAUUUCUAGGCCAAUUUUUGGGUUUCCAGGCCAUUUUUCAGAAUUUUAAACCGUUUUUGGAUUCCUGGGCCAUUUUUUGGUUUUCUAGGCCAUUUAAGAGAAUUUUCGGUCAUUUCCACAUCAUAACCCAAUUCUCGGAAAAAUUUACUGUUUCAAAAAUGUAUCAAGUUUUUUUGGGAAAUUUUUUUUCUCAAUAUUGCCUCUGUUAAAGUCCAAAAAUUCACCAGAAAAUUUGAAAAUCUAAAAAAAAGUCCCCUAUUUUUUCCAGGCCACCCAUGUUCCAGUCGGCGAAGAUCAAAGUCAACACAUGAAUCUGAUGGGCGGUCUCGCUUAUGCCUUCUCAAAAACCUACAACACUGAUUUUUUGCCGAUUCCCAAGCAGGUUACCCGAAAAACGAACGCGCGCAUCAAAUCGUUGCGAGACCCGACGAAAAAAAUGAGCAAAUCUUCGGGAGGCAACAAAUCGAGAAUUGAGGUUGGUUGAUUUUUUCACUGUUUCAAAAAUUUUUUUAUUCAAAAUGGGAAACGUGGAAAAUCAAUUUUUUCUAGAAAUUCUAGUAAUUUUCUCUGGUUUUCUAGAGAAAAUUCACUGUUUCAAAAUUUUUAAUAAUUUUUUUUUCUCCCGAAAAUUUCGAUAAUCUUUUUUUAUAUGAGAUUUCUGAAAGUACAUUGCCACGUGGCAAAUCCUAUGUCAAUCCGGAAAAAGUUUUGAAAAAAAUUAAAAUGUUCACUGUUUCAAAAAAGUUUAAUAUAUUUUUUGUUCCUAAAAUUCCGGUUAAAUUUCUUCAUCUGUUUGUUAAAAAUUAAAAUUUUCAUAAUUUUUCACUGUUUCAAGAUUUAUUCAUCUUUUUUUUGGAAAUAAAUUUUCUCAUUAGGAAAUUCUGAAUGUUUGUUCUAAAAAUUUGAUUUUGACAAAUCCCCGGUUUUGAAAAAAAACGCCGAAACUCUAGAAAUUCAUAGAUUUUUCGUCUAGUUCUCUUGGAAAAAAUCCACUGUUUCGAAAAAUUUUGAUAUCAUUUUGAUGUCCUAUAAAUUCGAUAAUUUUCGCAAUUGUUUUAGUAUUCAAAUAAAUUUUGAAGAAAAUUUUAAUUUUGAAAAGGCUACAUGGCAAAUGUAUAUUUUUCUGAACUUAAAUUGAACUUUACACUGCAAGUUUUGAAGAAUUUGAAAAUGUUCAUAAUUUUUCACUGUUUCAAAAAUGUUUCUAUUUUUUUUUUGGUUUGAGGAAAAAUUGGUCAGACGAUUUUCAAUUUCUAUAUUCUUUGGGUCGAUUAAAUGUUCAGUGUGGAAAUAAAUUCUCUCAAUUUUUCUCACUGUUUCAAAAAUUUUAAAUAUAUAUUUAUGUUCCAAAUUUUUCGAUUAGACCGCUUUUGGAACUUUCAAAUUAUUCCCAAUUAUUCGAAAAAUCUCACCGUUUCAAGAGCUCCGUCUAUUUUUCUUGAACAAAAGUUCACUGUUUCAAAAAGUUAUGAUUUUUUGUCCCAAAAUUUGGAUUAUAAUUAUUGGUAAGAAUUUGAAAUUCUCAAAAUUAAUUGUUUCUUCCAAAAAAUCUCACUGUUUCAAUGAAUUUUAAUAUAAUUUCGUGUUCUGAAAAAUUUCGAUAAGUAAGUGUUUGGACUUUCAAAUUAUUCCCAAUUUUUAUAAACAAAAAUUUUACUGUUUCAAAAUUGUUUAAUAGAUAUUUUCGUUCUUGCAAAUUUCAAUAAAUUUUUCGCAAGUGGAAUCAAAAAUCAAGAUUAUAUUAAUUUUAUUUAUUAAAAAGGCAGAUGAAAGAACAUUUCUAUAUUGCCACGUGGCAGAUCCCUUUUUAAAUGCCGAAAAAAGUAAAUUUUUCAGUGUAAACUUUUGAAUUUUUUUUUGAAAAACCGAAAUUCUAGAAAAUGUCUGAAAAAUUCACUGUUUCGAGAAAUUUUGAUAUCAUUUUGAUGUUCAAAAAAAUUCGAUAAAUUUGGAAUCAGUAUUGUAAUAAAUUUCGAAGAGAAAAAACCUAGGGUUAAGUUUUUUCCUGAAAAAAUUGAAAAUUAAAAUUCUUAUUUCACUGAAAAAAAAUUAUAUCACUGAAAAAAUGAAUUUUUCACCGAAAAAAAAAACCGAGAAACCCCAAAUUUUCCUCACAAUAUUUUUUCACUGUUUCAAAAAAAUCUGCAAUUUUUGUUUUAUUUAAAAUGGGAAACGUGGAAAAUCAAUUUUUGAAAAAUUAAAAAAAUCUGAAAUUCUAGAAAUUUUUCGUCUGGUUUUCUAGAGAAAAUUCACUGUUUCAAGAAUUUUUAAUAUCAAUUUUAUGUCUUAUAAAUUCGAUGAUUUUCGUAAUGGUUCUAGUAUUCAAAUAAAUUUUGAAGAAAAAUGAAUUUUGACAAGGCUACAUGGCAAAUGUAUAUUUUUCUAAACUAAAAUUGAACUUUUCACUGCAAGUUUUGAAGAAUUUGAAAAUGUUCAUAAUUUUUCACUGUUUCAAAAAUGUUUCUAUAUUAUUUUUGGUUUGAGGAAAAAUUGGUCAGACGAUUUUCAAUUUCUAUAUUCUUUGGGUCGAUUAAAUGUUCAGUGUGGAAAUAAAUUCUCUCAAUUUUUCUCACUGUUUCAAAAAUUUUAAAUAUAUAUUUUUGUUCCAAAUUUUUCGAUUGUGUCUCUAUUGGAACUCGUGUCAAAUUAUUCCCAAUUAUUCAAAAAUUCUCACUGUUUCAAGAACUCGGACGGUUUUGUAAAUGUUUUUCGAUAAUCAAAUUUUCACUGAGAAAGCCGAAUUUUAAUUUUUUGACCUGAAAAUAUCUAUAAUUUUUCGAAUAGAGAAAAAUUCAUUAGAUUUGAAUUUCUAGCUGAAAAAUUCCAAUUUUCGUCUAUUUUUCUUGAACAAAAGUUCACUGUUUCAAAAAGUUAUGAUUUUUUGUUCCAAAGUUUGGAUUAUAUCGAUUCUCAAACUCUCAAAAAUUAAUUAUUUCUUCAAAAAAAUCUCACUGUUUCAAUGAAUUUUAAUAUAAUUUCGUGUUCUGAAAAAUUUCGAUUUAAACUUGUUCAGAAUUUCAAUUUAUUCCCAAUUUUUAUGAAAAAAUAUCACUGUUUCGAGAAAUUUUCUAUAUUUUUUGGGCCAAACAAAUUUUCAGUAUUACGAAUUCUGGGAUUAUAAUCUAAAAUAAAGUUUAACAAUGUUCACUGUUUCACAAAAGUUCAAUACAUUUUUGUGUUUCUAAAAUUCCGGUUAAAUUUCUUCAUCUGUUUGUUAAAAAUUAAAAUUUUCAUAAUUUUUCACUGUUUUAAAAUUUAUUCAUCUUUUUUUUUGGAAAUAAAUUUUCUCAUUAGAAAAUUCUGAAUGUGUUUCAAAAUGUUUCAAUAUGUUUUUCGGUUUCAGAAAAAAUAGGUUUACCGAUUGUGGGAUUUUCUGAUGACAAAUCCCAAUUUCCGUCUUUUUUUCUCGAACAAAAAUUCACUGUUUCAAAAAGUUAUUUUUGUUCCAAAGUUUGGAUUAUAAUUGGUAAGAAUUUAAAACUCUCAAAAAUUAAUUGUUUCUUCGAAAAAAUCUCACUGUUUCAAAUAUCUUUAAUAUAAUUUUUGAGUUCCGAAAAUUUCGAUAUUAAUACCAAAAAAAUCGAUAUCAAUACUAUAAAAGAAAUUCGGAAAAUUGUCGGGUUUUUGUAGAGAAAUAUAAAGAUGUUUGUUUUGUUUUGUUAGGCUAAUUUAAUAAUAAUAAUUAAUUAAUUAAUUCCUUAGGGUUUCCUUAAUAAUUAAGGUUUUUAACCUUGAUUAUUUAUAGCUAUAUAAAAACCCGAAAUCUUAGAAUUGUUUAGAUGAAAAAUUCGACUCUCCAACUAUUUUUAUUUUUUUCUGAAAAUUCACUGUUUCGAAAAAUUUUGAUAUCAUUUUGAUGUUCUAAAAUAUCGAUAAAUUAGGAGUCAGUAUAUUAAUAAAUUUCGAAGAGAGAAAACCUAAUGUUAAUUUUGUUACGCUGAAAAAAUUGAAAAUUAAAAUUUUAAUUCUAAUUUUUCACUGAAAAAAACUCGAGAAAUCCCAAAUUUUCAUCGAAAUAUUUUUUCACUGUUUCAAAAAUUUUUGGACUUCCAGAUUAUUCCCAAUGUUUCUGAAAAAUCUCACUGUUUCAAAAAUCUUUAAUAUAAUUUUUUUGUUUCCGAAAGUUUUGAUUUCACUACGAGUCGAACUCCAAAAAUCAAAUUUUCUUCCAAAAAAAUCUCACUUUUUCAAUGAUUUUUAGUAUAAUUUUUGAUUUAAGUUCAAAUCGAACCUCCAAAAAUCAAUUUUUUCAAAAAUUUUCAAUAAGAAAAUAUUUCGCGCUCUCAAAUUAUUCCCAAUUUUUCUGAAAAAUCUCACUGUUUCAAAAAUUUUUAAUAUAAUUUUUUUGUUCCCGAAAAUUCUGAUUUCAUUAUAAAUGGUACUUCCAAAAAUCACAUUUUUUUCCAAAAAAAAUAUCACUGUUUCAAAAUUUUCUAGUAUAAUUUCGUGUUUUGAAAAAUUUCGAUAAUAAAGUGUUCAGACUUCCAAUUUAUUCCCAAUUUUUUGAAAAAAUAUCACUGUUUCAAAAAUUUUUAGUAUAAUUUUUGAGUUCCGAAACUUUUUGAUCACACCACUUUUUUCAAAGCCUUCAAAAAAUCCCCCAUUUUCCAGCUCACCGAUUCACGUGAAGCAAUUUUCGAAAAAUGUCAAAAAGCACAAAGUGACAAUUUGGGAAAAAUCACCUAUGAUCCAGAAAAUCGAAUUGCUGUGGCGAAUUUGGUGAGAUUUAUUUUCAGCCAAAAAUUUCAGAUUUUUUUUUGAAUUCUCAUUUUUCAGCUUGAUCUACUGUCUGCAAUUUCUCAAAAAUCAAUCGAAGAAAUUCCAUUCGAAAAUUGGACAACGUUGGACUUGAAACAACAUUUAGCGCAAGAAAUUGAUCAAAAAUUGGAGCCAAUUCGACGGAAGUUACGAGAACUUGAAAAUGGCACGAAAAUUGAUGAGAUUUUGAAGGAAAAUGGAGAAAAAGCUAGGAAUUUGGCACAGGAAAAUAUGAAGGAAAUUCGGAAAAUUGUCGGGUUUUUGUAG